AACGAAAUUUCAAUAUGGCAACCGUAGUAACGUCUGUACGUGUCGAUGUGUCGGAAAUGUUUUGAAUUCGUUGUCUAAUCGUGACGACCGGUCGACAAUUCGCACAUAGGGAAAGUGCCUGGUGCAUAGUGACCGGUCUCAAUAAGCUUAAGAAUAAUAUCUUAGUGUACGAGAUCUUUGAAUAAAUUUAGUUAGAUUUUACAAUUUACCUGAGCUAUAUAAUUAAAUAGAAAAAAAAACAAGAACAUUUGAUAUCAAUAAAAAAAUAAUUAUUUAAAGAUUUCUGUCAUCAAAUAGACGGAAAUAAAAUCAACACAAAAUGGGUAAACAGAACAGUAAACUCAAACCAGAGGUGCUUGAAGAUUUAAAACAGAAUACUGAGUUUACAGAUGCUGAAAUUCAAGAAUGGUACAAGGGAUUCCUGAAAGAUUGUCCAAGUGGACAUUUGAGUGUUGAAGAAUUUAAGAAAAUAUAUGGAAAUUUUUUCCCCUAUGGUGAUGCUUCUAAGUUUGCAGAACACGUCUUCAGAACAUUCGAUGCAAAUGGCGAUGGCACGAUUGACUUCCGAGAGUUUCUUUGUGCUUUAAGUGUGACUUCUCGUGGGAAAUUGGAGCAGAAAUUAAAGUGGGCCUUCAGUAUGUACGAUCUCGAUGGAAAUGGUUACAUUUCACGUCAAGAAAUGCUCGAGAUUGUCACAGCAAUUUACAAAAUGGUAGGUACUGUUAUGAAAAUGCCUGAAGAUGAAUCAACACCUGAAAAAAGAACUGACAAAAUAUUCCGGCAAAUGGACAAGAACAAAGACGGAAAAUUAUCAUUAGAGGAAUUUAUUGAAGGUGCUAAGAGCGAUCCGUCUAUCGUGCGACUGUUGCAGUGCGAUCCAAGCGCACAGGCUCAGUGAGCCCUUGGCUAAACCGGAAAUCGUUUAGUUAUGCCGUUUAUGACCCCGGCUCGGGACCCGGCCCAAUAAUAAUAUCAGACAUCUUACUCAAAUACUCAAUAGUACCAUGGGAAAGUCAAUUUUCAUUAUUAUCCCUAUCCAUUUUCCCCCUCAAUCGUAUCGUAAGCAUGAGGCUAACAAAAAAAAAGACUUAAUUUUCCUCUGCUCUCGUGCUACGAUACUUACUUCCAUGUACCCAUUCAAACGCAAAUUAAUAACGAUGAAAAUAAAUUUUUAGAUUGAGUGUAAGAGUAUAUAUCAUUGAUUGUGUAUCAUGCGAAAAAUAAUGAAAUUUAAUUGUAAAGAUUUUCUGUGGUUUAUUUGUUUAGAAAAAAAAAAUUGUAUUCUGCAAAAGUACUCAUUUUUCCCUAAAACCAAUGAUAUCUUUAUUGAUAAUUUCAGUUGAUAAAAUAUUUUCUGGAAUGGGUUAUCAAACAGCUAUUUACUUAUAAUUAAGGUUAAAUUAUUUAUCAUGAUAAAA